AUGGUCAACUUAAGCCGGUCCAAGGUCAGAGAGAGCCAUUCAGCGUGGGAUUCAGCAAGUUGCAAGAGUCGGAAUAAACACUUGGAAAAAGUACAUGUAGUCCUUGGAAAGAAGUUGUGUGAUGUGGAUUCUAUUACUUCUGCUUUAACAUAUGCCUACUAUCUUGAUAAGGUCAGUCCACCUGACAUCCUGUGCUUACCAGUAGUGAACCUACCAAGAAGAGAAUUCUGCUUCUACACAGAAACAAAGUUUAUUUUGGAGGAGCUGAAUGUCCCAGAGACUCUUCAUGUCUUCCGGGAUGAAAUCAAUUUGCAUCAGCUGAACAAUGAUGGGAAAUUGUCUCUGACUCUUGUGAACGGCAGUGCGCUGACAAGUGAAGAUAAAAAUCUGGAGUCAGCUGUUGUCAGAGUCAUCAACCCUGAGGAGCGAUGUGAUGGCAACCUGGAGUUACUAGAAUCUUCUUCCUCCGUAGUAGCAAAAGAGAUUCUCCAAGAGGCACCAGAGUUAAUCACUCAGCAACUGGCUCAUCUCCUCAGAGGCAGUAUCCUAUUUAAAGCAAUUGCUGUGGAUUCUGAAAGAAUGUCUGAAGAACAGGAUGAAGUGCUUUCCAGAUUGGAAGAGAAAUUCCCAGAGCUGUUACCUCGUGAGGAGAUUAUCAGUGUUCUAGAGGAGGCUCAGUUUCAUGCUGAUGGGCUCAGGAUUGAGGAGGCUGUUCUCAAGAAUCUUAAGGAGGUGUCAGAUGGAGAAAUAAAAGUUGCAGUUGGUACUGUAUGUUUGAAUCUGGAGGACUGCUUACUUCACAGAAACAUGAGUGGGGACCUGAAAUCAUUUGUACAUAAAUACAGCUUUGAUGUCCUUGUCAUUUUGGCUAGCUACUUAUCAGAAGGAGGACAGGAAAAAAGGCAAAUAGCAGUGUAUUCAGAAAACAUGGAGCUUGGAAAUCAGAUUUGCUGUGAGUUAGAAGAAUGUCAGAAUCCUUGCCUGGAGUUGGAUCCCCUUGAAUAUGGAUGUGACCAACUCCUCAUUUAUCAACAAGAAAAUUCUUUAGCAAAUUUGGAUGAAAUUUUUCUAUUAAUGAAAGAUGUUAUCAGCAGGAGACAUCCAGAAAUGGCUUCUAACAGUAGAACAUCUUCCACCGAAGCUGUUGCUGGGAGUGCCCCACUUUCCCAAGGGUCUUCUGGUAUUAUGGAGCUGUAUGGUUCUGAUAUUGAACCACAGCCAAAUGCUGUAAACUUUAUAGAAAACCCACAAGAUCAUAAUGCUCAAGCCCAUGCUGAUGUUAACAUUGAUCUUGUGAGUCCAGACAGUGGACUGGCUACUAUCAGAAGUAGUAGAUCUUCCAAAGAGAGCUCUGUUUUCCUUAGCGAUGACAGCCCAGUAGCAGAAGGUGCUGCAUCUCAUCACAGUUUCCUUUCUGGUUUUGACUCCUAUAGUCCCAUUCCUGAAGGAGCUGUGGCUGAAGAAGAAAACACGCAGUCUAGAAACAGUAGUGAUAAUUUUGAUCUUUUCAACUUUGAUAUAGCACCAAUAGCAACAGUUCAGAUUGAGUCUUCUCAUUCUAUGGACUGUUCCCCAGCUGAUGAUUUCUUCCAUGACAGUGGUUCAUUAGAAGAACAGCCACUGUCUGAUUCUAAAGUAACUGAUGAGACAAAUAUUACAGAACAUGACAAUCAAUAUUAUUCAACUGAUUUAUUAAUGGCAACAAAUGGAGAAGAUGAAUAUAGCCACAGGAAAGAAAAUCCUAGAGAUUAUUCUGAAAAAAAAUCAAGUGUGGUUGACUUGGAAAGUGAUUCUUCCUCUAGUCCUGAAGUAUUAAAAAAUGUUGAGGAAACCCCACCAACUCCAGUGAACAGCCUUGUGGAAAGCUCACCUUUAGCUAGUGGGCCACCUGUAUUUUAUCCUCAAGAUAUAAUUAAAAAAAUUAUUGAAAUUGAUCCUGUAAACAGUUCUCAAUCUCAUGUUAGAUGUAAUAGCUGGUGGGAUGGCUUUGACUUAGAUUCCAAAAAUGCUGAUGCAUGGAGUUCAACUGAACCAGAAUCUGUUUUUCAGAGUCCUGAUUCAUGGAAAGAUUAUAAAGCAAGUGCAUUACUGAGACAGCAGGCUGACAGAAGGACUUCAGAUUCUGUAUGUAUACAAAAACAACAACAGCAUAUGGAAUAUUCAAGAGCAGGUUUUUGGGGAAACCGGUUUAGUCCAGCCCAUAAUGAGCAUACCUUAGAGUGUCAACAAAAAGUCAAUGAACAACAAAAGGAAGACUUUGCUAACAUGUGGAAGUCCUGUAAACCAGUUCCUGUAAUAUCUGACCCAUGGUGUAAUGAUGGAUCAGAUACUGGAUACACCAAAACAGAUUCUGCUAAUGGUUGGGCAAAGGUUGACCAUGAUGGUUCUGGGCAUUCAGCAGGAAUAUGGAAUGCUGCUCAAGUAGAUUUGGAUCAGAUUUCACUAAAAAAUCUUGAUACAUGGACUAAAGGUAGUAUAACAGACCACCAAAUUGAAAAUCUAAACCAUCAAGAAGAUUUAGGAUCUGAAAGCAAAGGACAAUAUAGUACAACAGAAAAACACAGAUCAUACGAAAAUAUGAAAUUUGAUAUUGGUAACAUGCAGGAGAAUGUUAAAUUAUCUAUGGAACACCAAAACAACACUACACAUGAGCCAGAGCAAUUUGACAGUACAGACAGCUGGGGGGUAUAUGACACAAAUGACAGAAAAGAAAUACUUGGAAACUUUGUACCGUGGGAAGAUCCCUUCUUGUCAUACAGAGAUUCAGACCUUAUCACAUCAGAUACAUGUGAAGAUGUGGCUGUUUCUCCCCCAGAUACAAAUUAUUCAUCUGAUUCAUAUGUAUCUCCAACAGGGGCUGGGGAUGAAAGAGAAGGUGAAGGACAGCAUUCUGAAAGAGAAUCAAUGCUUGACCACAUCAUUAACUCAAGCUCAGGUGAACAUGAAACUAAUGGUGUGACAGAUGAAAAAUUAUCAUCACAGCCAGCUCCUGUAAGCCCAUCCCUUUCAAACAAUGAAAACACAGGCCCCUGGAAAUCAUCACUUAAUGAAGUCCAAAUGGAAGCUAUACAGUCUGAAAACAUACUGGUUACAGUCACUAAGACAAGUUCACUUGAUUCAGAGCAAAAGGACAACACAUAUUUUUCAGAUAACUACAGUUGUGAUGAAAGUAGCCCUUCUAGUUCUGAAGACUGUGGAAUAAUGCUGAUUUCUAAACAAAACAAUAGUGACUUAUCUCUACAUACUAGCAUACUCACGGCAGAAGCUGAAAUAGGCAGCAGAGUCAUCCUUGAGGAUACACAACCAGUUAGAAAUAUUCCAGACAUAGCUGGGAGUUUAGAUUUGGAAACAAGUGUCUUGGAAAGCACCAUUUCACUUAGUGAUCAAGUACAGGAAGACAAACUUCCAGAUAAACAGUUGAGCCAAGAGGACGAACAGUUUCCGCAGAAUGAACAGGCUGCUGGGAAACACAAUAACAUUGUAUUUGCUUCAGCAGAAGGAGUCAAGGAAUGUAAACUAACAGAUGAGGAAAAUGGAGAAGUCACAGUUAACAGUAUUAAGAAUGACAUCAUACAAAAUGACAAUACACCACUGUCACUUCUGCUCCCUCUGUCAUGUGUUAAUAAUACUGAGGAAAGCAAGACAACUUCUGAUUAUCCCAGCUCACCAGAAAGUUUAGAAGAAGUAGGAACAGAACCAUCAGAAACAGACAUGCCAUUUCCCAAUCAGGUUCAUCCUGUCAUCAAGGAAAUAAAGAAAGGAUCUUUAAAUGGAAAUUCAGAAAGUUUUCCUGUGUUUCCCAAAGAAGAUACCAGACAUUUGGUACAUUUUUACAUAGCGGAUGACCCAAAAUAUGAUUAUAACGAAGCAUCUCCAUUAGAUUCCAAACAUUUUGAUGACGGUCUAUCUGCCCAGACCAUAAUGAUCCCUGAGAUGGAAAGUCUUUAUUCAAGUUCACCCAGAGGGGAAAACAGCCAAGAAAAACAUGUUUCAAUAACGGAAAUAAUUGACAACGAAGAGGUAUGGAAUGAAAUGGUGAACAGUAGCUAUAAGGCAUCUGGUUCUUUGCCACAUGGAACAUCAAUAUUAAAAAGAGAAAAUCAGGAUCUUUUAUUUGAAAAUUCAGUUCCUACCAUGAACAUUUGUAACUCUGACUUAGAAACUCCUGAAAAUAUCUCAAAAGUGAACAGUGAACAUGAAACAUCUUUGGAGGAUAAAAAUCAAGACAUCGAAAUCCCACAGAAUCCAUCUGCAGAAUGUGCUGAAUCCCUAGAUGAUUCAGAUAUGAAUGGAACAAAUCACUCAUUGUCAUGUGAAAUGGAUUCUUUUAAGAGAAGUGAAACUCCUGAAUGUUUGGAGUUUAAGAAUAAGCUUUCAAAUGAAAAAAUAAUUGAUACUGUACCUCACCAUACAUUUUUCCAAAUUCUAGAUGCAUGGAAUGUGUCAGUGAAUCAACAGAUGCAAUCUGUUGAAACAAGUCCUGAGAUAAGUGAAGACCUUGAAACAUUAGAUAUCAUAAAUAGCUUCUCAUCAGAUGCUCCAACAAAAAACACCUACAAGGAAGAUAACCCCUGCAGUGUUUCCAUUCAUGAGUAUACACACUCAAGUGCAACAAGUCCUGAUAUAAGUGAUUCUUCUAUAAAUGUGCAGACAGCUAAUACUCAAAAAGAAAAUGUUGAUACUAAGUCAGAAGCUUCUGGGAAAGAAAAUAUUGAGAAUAAAAGCCAGGAAGAUUCUGAAACAAGCAUUGAUCAUAAAGUUCCUAAAAACUUAGAUCCUUGGAAUGCACAUGUGCAGAGUGAUACAGAAUUGUUUCUAUCUAGUCCUGGAAUAGAUGAGUAUUCAGAUUACUCAAAUGUCUGUCUGGCAGGGAUACAGUCAGGUUUAUACCUGGACAAAUUGGAGGAUACAGUUAAUGAUAUUAGAGAGCAGGACAAUUUACAGUCUAUUGGAACAAAUUUUGACACUGAUUCAAAAUGUUCUGGUGUUGAACCUCAUUUGGAGAAAAAGGUCCAUAUAGCCAUUUUAAAUAAAAGUUCUGAAGAUGUUAAUACAUGUAACACUCUGAGGGAGAAUGAUGUUGAUAAAGUUUCUAAAUGUUCAGCACAUUGGGAAACAAUUCAAGAUAAAAUACUUCUAAGUACUUCUUCUGAACAACCACAUGAUGCAUGUUCUUGGAAUUCAGGUAGAGUGCAUGAUCAUAAUGCACAAAGUACUGCUGUAAAUCAUGAAGAAAAUUAUACUUCAAAGAAUCCAGAUGCAUGGGACGUACUACUGCAAUGUAAUUCAGAAAAUGUACUAGGAAAAGAUCAUGAGUGCAUAGCUCUUGGAUUUCCAGCUGAUUCUUCAGAAUGGUGGAACAUACCAAACCAUAAUGAGAGAGUGAUGAAAAGUCAGCAAUUUAAUUCUGAUGACUUUCAGAUUAAUGAUGCAGUAAUCAAUGCCAAUGAUGCAUACAAGCAAAGAAAGGAAAAACUAAAAGAACCAAAUUUCACUGAUACCCCUAAUGAAAAAAAUGAGUUUGCUCAAUAUAAUAGUGAAGGUGAACACACAAAUGAAGAAUGCUCAUUGGUUACCCAAGAAGAUGUAUUAAAUGGUGAUGCUGUUACCUUUGAAGAGUGGGGCCCUCUGUCACCAGUAUACAAGGAUGGAGAUGUAAAAGAAAAGCCCUUUGCUAAAGUUAAUAUUGGUCAAGAUACUGUUAAACAAUCUAUUCCAGAAGACAGUCCGUUAAAUGCAUUUACUCAUGUAGCUCCAACAUUAGGCUUGUUAAAAGAUAGUAUGAAUGUAACAUCUGGCUGCCCAGUUGAAGUUAACAUAAAUCCAUUUGACCCAAAUCUUUUGGACACCAGUGAAAAACCUCAAUCUGAUCCUUUAAAAACAGCAAGGAAUUUCAGCCCAAUGUGUGAUGAAGAUAGUGUUCCUCAACAGGAUGAAUUUGUUCCAGAUAUACUACAAAGUAAUACCCUGGGGGAUUUGCAGGCCUUCACUGUUGAGCCUGAUUUGUGGACUGAUGUUGAGCAGCCUUUAAUCUUGAGAACAAACAGAGAAAAUCCUGAUAUAUUAAGCCAUUGUGACCAUGAUAGCAGUUCACAAGCCUCAAGCAGUCCUGAUGUUUGCCAGGAGUAUGAAAGCAAGCAAACAUAUGUACAAGCUUCAGUUCUAUCAGACCCUGAAGAAGCCACUCAGAUGUCUCCCAUACCAUCUGAUAUAUGGGUAGACACAAACUUCAGUGUCAACCAACAACUGAUAGUUGACAGAGAAGGAUCCCACACUGAAGGAAGCAGUUCAUGUUUCUUAACUAAUGAUGAGUCACGGUUUGAUGAGUCCUACCAAUUAAUGUCUUUUAAAACUGAAGAACCAUCUGAUAUUGGAAGGGACAAAAUUAUGCAUGAACCUAAUGUAACAAACAAACCCAGCAUUGAACAAAUGUCUCUGACUAGUUCCUGUACUGAUAUUUUGAAAAUAUUAUCCUUUAGUAUGGAAAACAAUAAAAUUGAAAAUAAAAGCCUUGAAGAAAAAGACUCAGCUUCCAGAGACGCAAUUAACUACCCAAAUCAUGUUGCUGCUUCAGGUUUUCCCACUGAUAGCUCUGUAUUUAGUACCUUUCCUGACAGUAAUCAGAUUUCAACCUUUGACCAUACAACAGGAACGACUGACAAAUGGGAAACAUCAGACAUGUGUCUAGGUAUCAGUAAAGUUGGAGGAAAGCCGAGCAUUAAUGAGACACAAAUUAUUAGUAGCUCAUCUAUCAUAUUAAAUCAUCCAGCAAUGCUAGAUAAUGAACUAGAAGAAGGAAUAGAGACUGAAAAAACAUUCACAAAGAUAUGCUCACUACAAGCCUCCCAAGAAGAGGAGGGGGAAGAUUUUCUAAAGGGUGCAGGAAGUCAGUAUGCUACUAAUUUUGUACAAGAACAUGAAAACGUGCAAAAGAAUCAUAGUCCAUGCUUUACGGGAUUACUCAGUAAACAAUCAUCAUCAGCUUGUACUUCUCCAUUUGAUUUAUCAUUUGCCUCAGAAUUCACUUUUCAGCAGGGUGACACAAACUUUGCAAAAUCUAACACUAAAGAUAUUGAAGAUGAGGUUGCAGAUGAUUCUCAGAUAGAUCAAGGUUGGGGGUCACUGUUGAUAGAAUCUGAAGUAUCACCAGAAUCGUCAUACACUUCCAAAGGAUUUGCAUACAAAACUGAAUCAAAUAACGCUGACCCACAAACUGGUGCAGGUAAAAUGAACUUUUCAGAAUUUAAAACUAGUGAUGUCAAAGAACAGGCUGCAUUAUUUACUCAAGAAGAUCAAGGCUGGGGAUCACUUUUGUUAGAAUCUGAUGAGCCUCCAGAAUAUUCAGAUGUUUUGAAAGAAUUUGAACAUGAAACAGAUUCAAGUAUUACUGAUUCAACAGCUGGUGGAGUUGAAAUGACCUUUUCAGAAUCCAAACCCAGUGACAAGGUUGGGGAAUGUUCUCAAGAAGACCAGGACUGGGGAUCUUUAUUGCUAGAAUCUGAAAUGACUCCUAAAUCAACUGAUUCUUUGAAAGGAUUUGAGUAUGAAACAGAAUCAGUUAGUAUGGAUUCACCAGCAGAUGGAGUCAGAGGAAUGGCAAAUGGAUUUCAGAACUCUGCAUUUAACAAUUUCCACUGUAAUCAUUGUCUGAAGUUCGGGGCAUUGAUUAUUAUUGGUUUUCUCAUUGGCAAAGACUAA